GGAAGGUUUGAAAAGACAGAUUUGAAGCGGCGGGAAGAUGAUUCGAGAUACAUGUCUCUAGGUGCUUCGCUGUCCUGAGGCCUGGGCCACGGUGCACAAGGAAAGCCCCUGAAGCUCUCCAGGCGGAAGAAGCAUGCAGGGCAUCCCUGGAGGAGGGACGCGCCCUGGGCUGUCCCCCAUGGACAGGCAGAUGCUCCUGAUCUUCAGCUUUAUCCUGGCAGUGGCUUUGGGCCAAAUGAAUUUCACAGGGGACCAGGUUCUUCGAGUCCUGGCCAGAGAUGAGAAGCAGCUUUCACUUCUCAGGGAUCUGGAGGUCCUGAAGCCCCAGAAGGUGGACUUCUGGCGUGGCCCAGCCAGACCCAGUCUCCCCGUGGAUAUGAGAGUUCCCUUCUCUGAACUGAAAGACAUCAAAGCUUAUCUGGAGUCCCAUGGCCUCACUUACAGCAUCAUGAUAAAGGACAUCCAGGUGCUGCUGGAUGAGGAAAGAGAGGCCAUGGCAAAAUCCCGCCGGCUGGAACGCAGCACCAGCAGCUUCAGUUACUCCGCAUACCACAACCUGGAGGAGAUAUAUAGCUGGAUUGACAACUUUGCAAUGGAGCAUUCUGAUAUUGUCUCAAAAAUUCACAUUGGCAACAGCUUUGAAAACCGGCCCAUUCUUGUCCUGAAGUUCAGCACUGGAGGUUCUCGGCACCCAGCCAUCUGGAUUGACACUGGAAUUCACUCCCGGGAGUGGAUCACCCAUGCCACCGGCAUCUGGACUGCCAAUAAGAUUGUCAGUGAUUAUGGCAAAGACCCCAUCCUGACAGACAUACUGAAGGCCAUGGACAUCUUCAUAGAGCUCGUCACAAACCCUGAUGGGUUUGCUUUUACCCACAGCAUGAAUCGCUUAUGGCGGAAGAACAAGUCCAUCAGACCUGGAACCUUCUGCAUUGGCGUGGAUCUCAACCGGAAUUGGAAGUCAGGCUUUGGAGGAAAUGGUUCUAACAGCAACCCCUGCUCAGAGACUUACCACGGGCCCUUUCCUCAGUCAGAGCCAGAGGUGGCUGCCAUAGUGAAGUUCAUCACAGCCCAUGGCGACUUCAAGGCUCUGAUCUCCAUCCACAGCUACUCUCAAAUGCUCAUGUACCCUUACGGCCGAUCGCUGGAGCCCGUUUCAAAUCAGAGGGAGUUGUACAAUCUUGCCAAGGAUGCGGUGAAGGCCUUGUAUGAGGUCCACGGGACCGAGUACAUUUUUGGCAGCAUCAGCACCACCCUCUAUGUGGCCAGUGGGAUCACCGUCGACUGGGCCUAUGACAGUGGCAUCAAGUACGCCUUCAGCUUUGAGCUCCGGGACACUGGGCACUAUGGCUUCCUGCUGCCGGCCACACAGAUCAUCCCCACAGCUGAGGAGACGUGGAUGGCGAUUCGGACCGUCAUGGAGCACACCCUGACUCAUGCCUACUAACACCAUGACCGAGGACAGAGCAGGAGGCUCCAUCCUUCUCCCCAAGGUCUGUGGCUCCUCCCAAAACCCAUGUUAUGCACCCCCGUCCCCGUGCCCUCAUCCGGAUCUCUUAGAAAAUAAAUACAAGUUUGAACAAGC